AUGGCCUCCGACACUCCUAGGACGCCUUCGGCCAUUGAUAUCUCGCGUUCCUCGAUGGAAUCGCCGCCGGGCAUCGCCGCCCUGUUCGUUAUCCGCUUCGACAUCAGGGCCGGAUAUGUCAUUUCAUGGAAGGAGACUGCCCCAGGAGUUGAGGUCGAAGGGGUUGUGGAAUAUAAGUCACUUCCGUCGGGACUACAUAACGUGACUGAAGACUUGGUCUACUUCGUCCAUGAACAGCAUGCCGGCAUCAGCGCAUUCCUCAGCCAGCCCGCCGAGGAAGCGGAGAGAAAUGCGAAGAUGUUUGCAAUCGGAAUUUUAGUUCCUCUCAGCUCUGGGAGACUCGGGAAGAGUUGGAGACAUGCCCCAAGGCUGAAGGAGUUGACACAGGAGUAUGCGGCCGAUAUGUCGAAUACCCAGAUAUUAUCCGAUUAUUGGGACUCUUUUCGUAUCGGAGGUGCUGAUUCGGCAGUGCCCGAUUCUCCGAUUGAGUCUUCCAUAAGCUUGCGAUUUCGAGCGGGCGACAGACCAGACGCACAUCGAAAUCGAGCUUUCAGCGAUGCAUUGCUACUGGAGGCGUCCCGGCCGGCCCUGACACCCUUCCACCCCGCAUCAUCGCUUCCAGAUUUUCUGGAGACCUUCGGACCCUUGGUGUUCCCGCUGUACAGAGCAGCGCUGCUACGGAAGCGGAUUCUUUUUAUGACUGAAGCGCCGGUGCAUGAACCAUGCAAUUAUGUCUAUGAUCUGGCGUUGCUAGCUUCUCUUCCAAACUCUCUCAUACAAGUACUCCCGUUCAACCAUACCCCGCCUCUUCGACCUCGUCCCUUGUUCAACAUCGGCAUUCACGAUAUCCCCGAACUUGCAUCUUUUGACGCCACCCGAUCGACCAUAGAUUAUGAAAAAGAUCCAAGCUGGAUUGCCUGUUCAACCGAUAGCGUGUUGAGCAUGAAACCCGAGCUUUACGAUGCACUCAUCACCCUCCCCUCGCCGUACACAAAGCAUGCCAAUGAACGUGUCUUCCCCAAGAUCAAUCUCAUGGAUCACUCAACAACGAAGCAUAAUCCUAAGCAAACAGUGCAGUUGAAGGCAACGCAGCGCGAUGCUCGUCGAUAUGCGAUGCUUCGAAGGUGUCUUCGGCAAUUCUGUAGCGACCGAUCGGCAUCCCAGGACACAGAGGACGAGUCCGAUGUUGACUCGACAUACUCAUCAAGCCCGAUUGUUGAGUCUCUCUCCUGGACUCGCCUUGCAUAUACCUCAUUUAUCUGGUGGGCAUCCGCGGGCGAAAACCGGGACGGUCUCUCCGAAGAAGAGGAAGAGCAGCAAAUUGAACAGGACGCCCGACUUCUUGCCAGCGUGGAGAGUCUUGCGUACCCCUGCCCCAACUCUGCUGGCCGUCGCACCGUGCAUUCUGAGGAUCACGGCCAGGAGCCCCCGGAAGUCGCGCUGGUAGCUUACUUCCGUCGCCUCACCACUCAAAUCUUUCUCACCUUAGCCGGUGCCAUUGCUCGGCACGAUUCUGAUGGGCGAGGUGAGAAUGGGCCCGAUGAUCCCUAUUUCGACACCCCAUAUCUCGAUCAACCCGUGAACGAUGAUAAUGAUAUGUCCUUUUCCUUGUCACGAGAAUCCAUCAGUGGCGACGAUGGCAAUGCCCCUCUUCUACGGCAACGAUCGCAUGCCAAUCAUUCCUCCAGCCAUAACUCUCAAUCAGCACAGCCACCGCCGAAUGCAUAUGAUAAGAUUACCAUCACCAUCGCCGACAUGGCUGAAAUGGGUCUCGAUGUCUGGAGUGUCACGGACCGCAUUUUUGUUGAGGAGCUGGUUUCCCUUUGGUGGGGUCGCCCUGCACACGUGGAUAGUGCACGUAUCCGAUGCUGCGGCAUUUCGAUCUUAUAG